GCUCAAAUUCAGAUUGGUUCAAUACCGAAUAUCCAAAGGUCGGUUUCGUAAAGAAAGCAAAAAAAUUUAAUUAACCAUGACACCGAUCCAUUCACACGCUUCACUACGCGUUACUACAAUUAAUACAUUAUGCAACAUAUCAGUUUGAUUUGAAUUAAUUUGCAUCGAUUGACCGACAAGCCGCUGGCACGCGUACUGGCCGAGCCAUCUGCCCAAGCUCAGUCUAAUCGCACCAGCCAGGUGAAGAAGAUGGCCGUUGUGCUGAGGUCGCUAAUUUGUGGAUAUAAGCGGUACUUUCACGAGUUUCAAGAUCCCCGAACCGUAAACUUCCCGUUGGUGAAUCCACCAUGGCUGCCGUUUGCGUUGCUUGGUGCAUACUUGUACUUUGUUCUGCAUCUAGGACCCAAAUUGAUGGCCAAAAAAAGUCCAUUUAAUCUGAGAGCACUUAUUUUGGUUUACAAUUUGAUACAAGUGAUAGCCAAUGCGAUGCUCUGUAUUAUGGCGUUAAAAACAGCUUUCGAUCAGCGGAUAUCUUUCAAAUGCCAACCAGUUAAUCGUUCCGAUACACCAGAAGGCAUACGAGAGCUUCGAUUGAUACACUAUUACUACUUGCUAAAAGUGGCCGAUUUGAUCGAUACAGUAUUUUUUGUGCUACGCAAAAAGCAAAGCCACGUUUCGUUUUUGCACGUGUACCACCAUACCGGAGUUCUGCUGGGUGCCUACGUGUACUUCCGCUUCGUCGGUGGCGGUCACCCGUCCAUGUUGGGCCUCUGGAAUACGUUCGUCCACGCGGUCAUGUACUUUUACUUCUUCCUCACGAUAUACCGACCGGAGCUUACGAGAAACGCCGAUUGGAAAAAAUACAUCACCAUGCUGCAGAUGGUCCAGUUUGCCUAUCUGGUAGUCCACUUCGCGUGGCCCGUGCUGUUCAACCUGGACUGCGGAAUCGCCAAGUUUUGGUUCUGGCUGCCGAUGAUUCAAAACGUUUUCAUGCUGGCACUAUUCUCGGACUUUUACCGCCGGACCUACGGGAGACAGAAGCAACUGCAGUAACUGGCUCAGAAGGGACUAAUUAGUUUAAAAUAGAGUAGUUAUAUGCAAUAAAUAUGUUGUUGUUAAUUGUUACACAAUCUACAACCUGAUGAAAUUGCCAUAAAGUUUCAGCCAAAUCAAAAAUGACAAAUAAAAUAAAUUUAAACUGGUUAUUUUUCGUAGGAUCGCUCAUAUUGUACAUAUUUUUGCAAAAUAAUGUUAAAAACUGAAUCAAGCUGUGUUCAAAAAUUCUCAAAAAAAAACGAAGAUAAAAAAGGCCGUUCUUGACAUUUUAUUGUAUGUGAAUAUUGUAUGUGAAUAACAAAUAAAAUCACUAA